AUGGCGACUUCGAAAGCCUUGGGCGACCAACUGCUCACCAUCUCCUCACUCGCAGAGACCAUGACAGACCAGACAACGAAAGACCGGAUGAUCGAGUCCUGUAUGGAGUCUGCCAAGAAGCAGAUUUCGGGUCUCCGGCUCACGGAUUCAGCAGAAGUCCAGACACUGUUCGCUACGGUGCAGUCCUUGAACUUCAGCGACAGUCAGAAGGACGAGCUGAUGCGGCAGAUCGGUGAUCGUUUCGUGGCAUGCAGCACACCCAAAUCACAGGGCAGCAAGAAGUCCAUGCAGACCAUGGACGACCCGGGAAGUUUCCUCCGGGUCUCGGAUGUGACCUUCAUCUCGAACCCAGACCACACCAUUAAGGCCAAGGCAAGUCGGAUGGCCAUGAUGUUUUGCAGCAUCAACUGCAGCUGCCCGACGGAGCCUACUUCGGGCCGAGCUGUGGGAGUGCUCAAGAACGGCUUUGGCCUCAAGGAACUCGAGGACCCUCAAGUGUUUUACAACACAGUUCAGGAUAUCAAAGCCGCCUUGAAGUCGCACUUCAAGUCCAAUCCCAGUGGGUCGACGAGCCAUGUGCACAACUUCACGACACCGGCAGAUCUACCCUCCGAUGUGUAUGCGAGAGCAUAUGGUGAGGAAGGGCCGUCCGGACAUGCCGGCCUGGGUGGCUCCAUCGGUCCAGUUCGAAAGUCUUCUGCGAUGUUGAAGAGCCAGAACAACCAGAAGGUUCCUACUCUAGACCUUCAGGUGCCUUCGCAGAACAACAUGGCGAAUAUGAUGAUGCAAGGGUUCCAGAGCAUGCAGCACAUGUUCAAUGUCUUCGCAGGUGCACAGCAGGCUGGCAUGUCCGGCCAGCCGAACAUCUCGAACAUGAACAACACCAAGACGAACCCGCCGAAGCAAACCCUCGCACUCACGAAUGGACCCGAUGCAGCAUCGAGUCCAGCACGUGCAGAGCCGGAGCAAGCUCAGCCGCCUAUGACUCCGGAAGAGCAGGUGAACACCAUGCUCUCCAGCUGGAAGAAUCGUCAAGAGGAGAACAAGAAGAGAGCCGAGGAUGGCAAGGCUGGUGAUCCGGAGGGACCAAUUCCUGCACAGCUUUGCAUCAUGACAUCCAGCUCCAGCUCCAAACCUUUGGCAAGCCUGGGGAGGAAGGUGUUUGUAUCACAACGAGGUCUGGAAUCCGUGCUCAGCGAUUUGAAGAAGACCGGUUUCCUCGCCGACGAUUUUGCUACCACCUCGCGAGCCUCGAUUAAGCGAGCGAGGGAUGGUGAAGAGAAGUCGUGGGAGAAUGCCUUUGGGCAGAUGAUCAUUAACAUGGACAUCCCACAUGAGAGCGAUGACACGAAAUUUGUUAGGGUUCCCUUCGUGCCACCUGUUGUGCUGCUGCAGCACUGCAUCGCCAACGAGCAUUACCAUGGACUGCUCAAAAAGUGUGGCCAGUCCAGCCCUGGAGACAAGCUGGGCAUCGCUAUAUAUGCUGACGAAGUUAGUCCCGGCAAUCAGCUAAAAGCGCUGAAUGCCAGGAAACUACAAGUCAUCUACUGGUCCAUCGUCCAGCACGGGCAAGAUCUGGCCUCGGAGUGGCUUUGGUUCCCUUUGUGUAUACUGAGAAGCACUCUUUGCAAUCGGAUCGGCGGCCUCACUGUGCUUUGGAAACAUGCCAUCCAGCACAUGUUCAUGGAUCAUGACAUGAGGCAUGGUGUGGUGCUGCAGACAUCCACCACAGCAUUUCCCGUCUUUGCCGACCUCUCUGUUCUUAUAGCGGACGAGGCAGCCCUGAAACAAACAGCUGAAAGCAAAGGUGCCUCGGGCACAGUGUUUUGUAUGAGAUGUGCGAAUGUCGUUGCCCACCGAAGCGGGCUACAGGACCAUGGCGAUGUUCUCUCGUCGACAUGCACUGACUUCACGAAGUUUCGCUUGCACACGAACCGGUCGGUCGGUGAAAUCAUGAGGUACCUCUCUUCCCAACAUGGCACGGUUUCCCAGAAGGACUUCCAAACAAUGGAAAAAGCUUUGGGCUACAACUACAUGCCGGGAGGCCUCUUGAUGUCGAAUGUAGGACACAACAUUCCGGAGAUGAUCAUGUUCGAUUGGUUCCACAUUUACUUGGUCCACGGUGUGGCCGGUAACGAGGUUGGGGUGUUGCUAGGCCGCCUCCGAGACAGUGGCUUUCCCGAGCAACAGAUACACGACUUCGUGCAAUCCUUCCAUUGUCCGGCGCAAUUCGCUGGUGCGGAUGCCAAGUCAGACAAGACUGCCCCGGUGAAAGCAGAAGCCUCCGAGCUCCUUAAUUUCCUGCCGGUCCUGCAGUUGUUCCUUAUCCUCUUCGUCUGGAGGGAUGCUGACGACUCCCUGAAGAGUUGCUGUCACGGAUUCUUCACCUUGUGCAAAAUCCUUCGCAUGCUCAGGAAAGCCACUCAGGGUGGCUUGGACCCUGCUGCCCUCAGGGGUGCCAUUAAGGAGCAUUGCGAACUCUACCUCGCUAACUACGGGGCAGAGUACUGGGUUCCGAAGAACCACAUGACCAUGCACCUACCCGAAUUCUUAGCUCGGCACGGGAGGCUGCUCUCGUGCUUCGUGCACGAAAGGAAACACAAGCUGGUCAAGAGGUUCGCAAACAACAUGAAGGACACAUCCAGAUCAUACGAAGCUACCGUCCUUCGCGAGACCCUUGCAGCUCAGUUCCUUGCGACGCAGGACGAACUCCCUCAAGGGGAUGUGCGACUCAUCGGCAAGAGACGGUGCACAAAGGCAAUGGCCAGCCUGAUCCGGGAUGUGUUCGGCAACUCCGACGGUGUGUUUCAAGCACAGGCAGCAUUGCAUGGCGGAGGAUUCCGGUGCUCCCAUGGAGAUGUCGUCAGAGCCAAGCAUGCACAGGAACACGUUGUCGGCAUGAUUCACUUUCAUGUUGAGGUUGACGGCCUGCCUCUCACAUGCAUGAGUCCAUGGAGCCAUGUGGCCGAUCACAUGUACCGUGUGAAGCACGAAAGUUUCUUCAUCAACACGGCAUGCAUUCUUUCGGCUUGCAUCUGGUCUCGCAAGGGCGACGAUGCCAUCGUGUUGUUGGAGUGA